CUCCAGCACUGAGGAGGCAGCGAGAGCCGCGGCAGCCAUGGCAGAGGGUGAUGAUCUCAAGGCAUUUACAUCCAUAAUGGACGCCCUAGUGCGGAUCAGCACAAGUAUGAAGAACAUGGAGCGUGAGCUUUUGUGCCCAGCGUGCAAAGAGAUGUACAAACACCCUGUCAUUCUUCCGUGUAAGCACAACGUGUGCCAUGUGUGUGCCAGCGAAAUCCUGCUACAGAAAGGGUAUGUGUGUGACCCCAACUCUGAGCCCAACUCUCCAGCCUCUUCCCCUUCCACGCGGAGCCCGCGCAUGGGAAGGCGAGUGGUCCCUAAGCAGGAGCGGAUCGUUAAGUCAGGAUUUGGAACGUACCCCGGCAGGAAACGCGGCGCCGCUCAUCCACAGAGCGUGCUAUUCCCGUGCCCCUCCUGCAAACAUGACGUGGACCUCGGGGAGAGGGGAUUGGGGAAUCUGUUCAGGAACCUGACCUUGGAGCGCGUUGUGGAGCGGUAUCGGCAGACGGUCAACAUCAGUACAGCCAUCAUGUGCCAGUUCUGUAAAGCACCCCAGCAGGAGGCCACCAAGGGCUGCACCGAGUGUAGAGCCAGCUUCUGUAAUGAGUGCUUCAAGCUCUACCACCCCUGGGGCACUCAGAAAGCCCAGCAUGAACCUACCCCACCGACACUAAGCUUCAGGCCUAAGGGUCUGACGUGUCCGGAUCACAAGGAGGAGGUGCUGCUCUACUGUAAGACGUGCCAGCGUUUGGUUUGCCAGAUCUGCAGGGUGCGCAGGACGCACAGCGGGCACAAGAUCACCCCAAUUAUCAGCGCAUACCAAGCGCUGCGGGAGAAGUUGAGUAAAAGCAUUGCUUGCAUCUUGGGAAGCCAGCAUGUUGUGCAGAGCCAGAUUGGAGAGCUGGAGGAGGGCAUGAGACAGACAGAGAUGAGUGGAGCCAAGGCUCAAGAAGAGGUGCUCCAGCUGAUUGCGGCACUGCGGUCUUCGCUUGAGGAAAAGCAGGUCGCCUUGACGCGGGAGAUCGGUGACAAACAGCGUGAACGGCACGCUAUUCUGGAAGCGCAGGUUUUAGAACGUCAGACGCUUCUGGAGAGCUCUGGUCUUAUAUCCUAUGCCCAGGAGGUCAUGAAAGAAACAGACCAGCCCUGCUUUGUCCUAGCGGCAAAGCAACUUCAUGAACGGAUGGUCCAAGCUAUAGAGGCUGUGCAGAGCUUCCGGCCCUCGGUCUGUGCCCCUCUGCCGACGUUCAAGCUGGAUGUCAGCCGGGAGAUGAAGAUGCUGACGGAACUGACCUUUGUCAGAGUUCCGGAUGCACCUGUUAUUGACACCCAACGGACUUACGCCUAUGACCAGAUAUGUCUGAGCUGGCGGCUCCCCCAGGACUCUGCUCCCGCGUGGCAUUAUACUGUGGAGUACCGCAAGACAGACCCCAAGCACAAGGGCCUGAAAUUGUGGCAACGUCGAGAGGAAGUGUGGGGCCUUAGCACGGUGCUGGACCGGCCUGACGUUGACAGUGUAUACGUGUUAAGGGUGAGGGGCUAUAACAAGGCUGGAUACGGGGAGUACAGUGAAGACGUCUACCUGCACACACCCCCAGCACAAGUGUUAAACUUUUUCCUGGACAGUAGCUGUGGGUUUUCACGGGACCGGCUAGUAGUAAGCAAGGACCGGAGGGCGGUGCGCAGUGUUCCUGGAGUGCCCAUGCUCUUCGCAGCUGAGCGUUUAAUGACCAGCUGCCAUGUGUCCAUGGAGCUCGUUCUGGGGGAUGUUGCCAUCACACAGGGACGCUACUACUGGGAGUGCUCAGUAGACCCCAGCUCUUAUGUGGUUAAAGUCGGUGUGGGACAGGAAAGCAAACUGCAGGAGUUAUUCCAGUCAUCGCAGGACGUGGUCAGUCCCAGCAGGUACGAUCCCGACAGCGGCCAUGACUCUGGAGCAGAAGAUACUGCACUGGACGUGUCUCCUGCCUUCUCUUUCCUGACCAUCGGCAUGGGGAAAAUCUUGCAGCCGCACGGCUCUCCUCCUACUGCCAGGGACCCGUCUGGGUGCACCAUUUCACUGCCGCCUAGGCUAGGAGUCUGCCUAGACUAUGAGAAGGGACGUGUGGGCUUCUCCGAUGCAGUUUCCCACCGAAGCCUAUGGGAAGGGAGUGUGGACUGCUCUGGGCCUGUGUGCCCAGCCUUCUGCUUCAUUGGAGGGGGAGCCCUUCAGCUGCAGGAGCUGGUGUCCUUCAGACAUGAGCGCAAAGUGACGAUUGGGGGCUUCACCAAGGCAGAGUGACCCCCGCAGAGCUCCACCGAGGGAGGCACAAAAUAUCUACCUUGCUAUAGCCUGGGGGCCUGCACUAUGCUGCCACAAGGGAACGUUAGGGCAAUAGGCUCACCAAGGAUGAGUUAAAUGGCCAGAUGACUACCGAAAAGCGUCACCGAGCUGGCCAGCUGGAGGAGACCGGUGGGAGCACUGGUCACUGCAUUGUCUGUCCCAUUGUCCAUCCCCGUUCUUUGUCUCCAGAAAUAGCUGAAUAAUAUCUGCUGUGUGCUUCAUGUCUCCAUGUUGUAGCAUCCUCUGCCUGGGCUGGACCCACUACAUGCCCCGCUGAUUCCCCUUCAGCCUCUCACUGUUUCAGGACUAAGUUGUGUUAAUGCUGUUCCAUGUAUGUAAAACAUGCACCGCCAACAUUUCCUGUCCUCCGCAACAUAAACGACUUUUUUUACACACUUUUUGAGGGAAGUUCAUUUUGUAGUGACAUAGGAGUCUUCCUUUUUGUAAUCCCGGCAGAAUGUUCUCCUAGCACAGAUACAAGGCUUCUUUCCACGUCUGACUUUUUAUCUGCAAGCAGCGCAGAGGACUCUGAAACACACAUGUGCUCACACACGCACUCACACACGCAUGCGCACAUACACACAAAGAAGCAUGUGUGUGCUUAGCCUCUGUGUGGCCCAGGUGGUUAGUUUUAAUGCAUGCACUGGUAAUACGGAGGCUCAUGAGUUGGCCUUCUCUCUGUGUUGCCCUAAACAGGGAAUAAAAAGUCCCAACGGCCCAUGAGGCCACGUGGCAAAGGUCACCUCACAACCCGCGCACAAACCAUGGCCGGCAAUAAAGGAAGAGCACCUUCUGCUGGCUGAAUGUGAAUGACGAGUCUAUAAUUGUUUGCCUUCCUGCCUGCAUCCCGGGUCAGGAGGAACGCGCAUGAUGUGAGGCAGCCUGCACACUUCGGGCCAGGCUAUAUCUAGGGCAGAAGGAGCUGGUUCAAUCCAUCACACAGCCGCAUGUAUAGUAUGGAAGCACCAUGCACACUGUCACCCAUAUAACACAGGAGAACCUAAAUAAAGAUAACAUUUGAAAACAA